AUGGAAGGAGAUCAUCAUGAUCAGGACACAAAUGAAGUAUACAGAGAGUGCUUGAGGAACCAUGCAGCGAGCCUUGGCAGCUACGCCACAGACGGCUGCGGAGAGUUCACACUCGACGACGCAUCCCCAGGCGGCCUACAAUGCGCCGCCUGCGGAUGCCACCGCAACUUCCACCGCAGAGUCACCUAUGCAGCCACGUCAUCACAAGCUGCAGGAGGCAGCGGCAGAUCAUCAGGUCAUCAUCAUCAUAAUCGUGUGAUCAUGAGCAGCAGCAGCCGAGGCCGAGAUCCGGGCGACAACAAUAUAGCAACACAAGAUCAACUCAUGGAUUACAAUGCUGGCGGUGGUGGGUCCCCGGACAGUGGAGACAGGAUGAGCGGGAAGAAGCGGUUCAGGACAAAGUUCACGGCGGAGCAGAAGGAGAAGAUGCUGGCGUUUGCAGAGAAGCUGGGGUGGAAGCUGCAGAGGAAGGAUCUAGAAGAUGAGAUUGAGAGGUUCUGCAGGAGUAUAGGGGUAAGCAGACAGGUAUUCAAAGUGUGGAUGCAUAACCACAAGAACCUUUCCUCAUCUUCUACUUCUGCAUCUACUGGCAAUGCCUCUUCUCUCACUACUCAGUAG